AUGACGUGUAAAGCAAUAGCUCAUGCUGCAACGCCUGCAGGAGCCCUGUUCAGCCGUGAAUCAAUUACAGCAAUCUCGUCGCUAACACUGCCAUUGGUUGCCGAAGACACUGAUCUGUCCAAACUAGUUCUUCUUCUGGCACCGAACUUAUCGAAUGCCGAGGACGCACUGCUGCUUUCGGGAACAUAUCUUGCAGGAGAUGAAGAACGGCUUCCCGAAGGUGAAACACUAGAAUCUCUAUUUUCCUGUAACAUCUUCAUCUUUGCAAGGAUGUUUCCUCUUGGUGGAGACGCCUUGAAUCCUUGGGAUCUCUGUGGAGAGUUUGACUCUUGGUCAGGUGAAAAUCUAGAUGCUAAGGAGGAAAUCGCAGCGUUUGUACUUGGUACUUCUCUUUGGGCUGAUCUUGGUUGUUCUGGGUCGGCCUCCUGGCUACGUUCUCUGGUUGGAGUCACCACUAUUUGCCCAAUAGGGGUUCCAACAGGGGAUCCGUUAAGAAAUGGAGGAGGCUUGGAUGCCUUUUUGGAAUUGUCAGUAAUUCCCUUGAUGCCCUCUUGGCUAAGCUUUUGGGUGAUUCUUAGUGGACGCACUGGAGUGUCGGAGUCCUCGCCAAGAACAGAGCGAGUAGGAGACACCGGAGUUUCCAAAGAAUUAGAUGCAGGCGAUUCUAAAGUUUGCUCUUUUGACAAAUUCAACGAUUUAGGAACCUGUUGUGUGAGAGUCGAAGCGUCUGCCGCCUUUGAUGGUUCUCCGCUCUUCAGCUUGGCAACCUUCAAGAAAUCAGAGACAGCAAAGCAAACGUCAUUAACAGCAGUGUUUAUCACCAGCUUUGGAAUGACAUCGCGGUACAUUGCGAAGUAUCUGGUGCUGGUCAAUGCAUUGGAGAUUGCAGACUGCACCAGACGGCCCUUGUCGGCUAACUCUGACGAACCCAGUUGCCCCACAUUCGCGAUCUCAUUGGCACGAGUCACAAGCACGGCUAUUCUCUCAAACAACAAAUCGGUGUUGAUCUCAUCUUCGGUAACAUAA